AUCUCUUCCCCUUAACCUGAAACCCUUCUUCUCUAAAGCUUCCCAGCAACCAAUUGCUUCUUAGGGAAUCAAUGGAGGGCGCGCUCUUUCCCAAUAAACCAGUUUAUCCUGCCCCUUCCAAGAAACCACCUCAAUCAAGCGAGCCUGUCAAAUUCAGCUCCGUAACACUUCCACUUCCACUUCCUCCUCCAUCUCCAUCUCCAUCUCGUUCCCCUCCUUCAUUCCCUCUUGACUCUCUUCUCCAGCACCUUCUUCACAUUUCUUCACCACCCAACACUACCCUCAACCCCAAAAUUAUUAAUCCUCCUAAACCCGACGAUUCCCGUUCCACUUCUCUUUAUAUUUCUUCACAAUCCACUUCAAAAUUUCACCACCGAGUUCAUCCAAAACCCACUGCAGUUUCAGUUCUUCAGUUAGACAACGGUAGAGAGGAAGAGGAAGGUCUAUCCAGAGAUGGGUGUCUUGAAUUUUUGACAAGACAGGGUAUGCGUAUGCUUAAUUCCAUCAAGGAACAGCCUUUGAAUGCCUUGCCUGAUUUAUUUGACUCUGUUAAGUUUGAGCUGCUUCAAAUUGAUAUGCUUAGCUUACUGAAAGCUUUAGACCUUUCAGGGGACUGGGAAAGAGCUCUCGUGUUGUUUCAAUGGCUAGUUUCGGACAUAGGCUUCAAUAAUUUUAAAUUAGACAAUCAGGUUGUUGAACUAAUGGUCAGAAUUCUGGGGAGAGAGUCGCAGUAUGCAAUUGCUCUGAAACUGUUUGAUUUGAUUCGCAUAGAGGAAUAUUCGCUUGAUGUUCGAGCUUAUACUACUAUCCUUCAUGCGUAUUCCCGGUCAGGUAAAUACAAAAGGGCAAUAUCCAUGUUUGAGAAAAUGAAGGAGAUGGGCCUUUCUCCCACUUUAGUUACCUAUAAUGUCAUGCUUGAUGUUUAUGGUAGGAUGGGUCGGUCUUGGAACAAGAUUUUAGGACUUUUGGAUGAAAUGAGAAGCAAAGGACUCAAGUUCGAUGAGUUUACUUGCAGUACUGUGAUAUCAGCUUGUGGGAGAGAAGGAUUGUUGAAUGAAGCAAAAGAGUUCUUUUCUGGAAUGAAGUCGCAGGGCUAUGUUCCCGGGACGGUCACCUACAAUGCUUUACUACAGGUGUUUGGGAAGGCAGGGGUCUACUCCGAGGCCUUAAACAUUUUGAAAGAAAUGGAGGGGAACAAUUGCCCGGCUGACUCUGUGACAUACAAUGAACUUGUAGCUGCGUAUGUUAGGGCGGGGUUUUAUGAUGAAGGGGCUGCAGUUAUUGAAACAAUGACAAAGAAAGGUGUAAGGCCAAAUGCUAUUACAUACACAACUGUCAUCAAUGCCUACGGUAAAGCUGGAAAGGAAGAAAAGGCUUUGAGAUUGUUCAGUAGGAUGAAAGAGUCAGGUUGUGUCCCUAAUGUAUGUACUUAUAACGCAGUGCUUGGGAUGUUAGGGAAGAAGUCACGAUCUGAGGAGAUGAUAAUGAUACUCUGCGACAUGAAAGAAAAUGGUUGUUCCCCUAACCGUAUUACAUGGAACACAAUGCUUGCCAUGUGUGGUAAUAAGGGCAUGCACAAGUAUGUCAACCAAGUCUUUCGGGAAAUGAAGGACUGUGGUUUUGAGCCUGAUAGAGAUACAUUCAACACUUUGAUUAGUGCAUACGGCCGGUGUGGGGCAGAUAUUGAUGCUACAAAAAUGUACAAGGAGAUGAUUAGAGUAGGGUUCUCACCAUGUGUUACGACUUACAAUGCUCUUCUCAAUGCUUUAGCUAGAAGAGGGGACUGGAAAGCAGCAGAAUCUAUCAUUCUAGACAUGAAGAGUAAGGGUUUCAGGCCUAGUGAAACCUCAUACUCAUUGAUGCUUCAAUGUUAUGCCAAGGGAGGGAAUGUGAAAGGGAUAGAGAAGAUUGAGAAAGAAAUUAGUGAUGGUCAUAUCUAUCCUAGCUGGAUGCUGUUAAGAACACUUGUUCUGGCAAACUGCAGAUGUAGAGCAGUAGAGGGUAUGGAGAGAGCAUUUUAUGAAUUACAGAAAAACGGAUACAAACUUGAUUUGGUUUUAUUCAAUUCAAUGCUCUCUAUAUUUUCAAAGAACAACAUGUACGAAAGGGCCCAUGAGAUGCUACACUUGAUUCGUGAAAGUGGGUUGACACCUAAUCUUGUGACCUACAACAGCUUGAUGGAUAUGUAUGCCAGAGCAGGAGAGUGUUGGAAAGCUGAAGAAAUCCUUAAAGGAUUACACAAGUCCGGUGGAAAACCAGAUGUGGUGUCAUACAACACUGUGAUCAAAGGGUUUUGCAGGAAAGGGCUAAUGCAGGAGGCCAUAAGAAUUUUCUCUGAAAUGACAGCUAAAGGGAUUCGGCCAUGUAUUUUUACUUACAACACGUUUGUGUCAGGCUAUGCUGCACAGGGAACGUUUGCCGAAAUGGAUGAUGUUAUUGACCAUAUGAUUCAGCACAACUGCAGACCCAAUGAACUCACCUACAAGAUUGUGGUGGAUGGUUACUGUAAAGCAAGAAAAUACAAAGAAGCCAUGGACUUUGUGUCCAAAAUUAAGGAGAUAGAUAGUACUUUUGAUGACCAGUCUAUAGAGCGGUUAGCUUUUCGUGUUCGAGGGAGCCUGGAUUCAUAAGUCCACAGAGUAGGCUCUUUAUUUCUUAGUUUUUAUUUAAUUUUUCGUUUCUGAGGAUAUCGUUGGGAAUUGAGUUUGACACAAUAAGAAACUAGCUCUCCGGCUUGUCUAUAAUCUCUCAUCGGUCUCCGCUG